GCGAGUACAUAAAUAACUUUCUACAGCUGUGGCUGAUCAUAGGCGUCGUAUCUACAGCACGUUUACUACAUCCAUACAUUCUACAGCUUCAACAUGAGGCGCUUUCCUCUUCUUAAAAGACCCUCUGCUAGUUCACCGCUAGAUGCAAGAAUCAAAUGAACAUGUGCGAUAUUCUUGGAUACCUCUGGUACUCCCUAGGAGCCUACCUUUACGUUCUCGAGCUCAUCUAUGCGUCAUCUUGCCUUCCUCCAUCUUUCCAAGACAGACUCCACACGCAGAUCCAGGCGACGUCACCCUCACUGGCGAUAGGCGGGAUGGUGGUUUACAUGUUCUACGCCCUCUUCGCUCUUGGCUACAUACUACCAUAUUUGGCGGAUAUGCUUGCGAGGAUGUUCCCGUCCUGUGAUGACGAGGAGCCUUCGGGGACCUACAUCACGCGACGUCUCCCAACGAACAUCUUCAAUAUUAUGCUCAUCGUCAACGACGCCAUCCUGCAGAGAGCAGAUGGGUCUGCGAUAUUGGAGGGUGCGAUCGCGAGGGUCGUUGAUAUCGCGAAAUUGACGUUCCCGAUCUUCCUGAAGGAAGUGGCACUAUUCGGCGGGGUGCUGGGUUUGGCGGCUUUGUACAGGGCUUGGAGGGAGAUGCAUAGAUCCGAAAUCUGUUACACGGAACUUAGGCAGUAUCAUGUCGACUAUUUUGUUGAUCAGGAGGGAGAUGAAGUGUGGGGGUACGAGGAUGUCGAUCUGGAACAACAGGCUGGAAUGGAUGAACUGGAGAAGGAAAACAUAUUUUGGGAUCAGGAGCACGGGAUGCUCAUGGAGACAAAGAGUUGAAAAGUUUGGGGGUUCUGAUUAUGAUAUCCAUCGAGGUUGAUGCUGAACCAUAUUUUGUAUAUAGUUCACCGGCUACUAAAUGUGCGCAUUCCUUUCUGCAUACUCUAUCUGUAUUCUGUUCCAUCCUUAGAUCUGUUAUUCAAUUGUCGCCCACAUUACUCAUUUUCACAUCAAGUACCGGGUACGAUUUCGUCACUGACUGCCAGCCCUAUUGCAAUGGACCGGAUAGUUCCCUCACUGAAUAGCGCUUGCCCCAUGUACAUGAGACAUAAAGCCCC